CAUGUUUUGAAAUUUUAUGGUACUCCUAUAGAGAAGUCGAUAAUAUAUAUAUAUGUAUAAUAGGUAGGUUAAUGGAUUGGUUACGAAGCAAUAAAUAGCAUUAAUUACCUAGGAAUCUAAUUUUUAGCGUGAAAAAAAUGCAAAGUAAUGUAAAUUUUCCUUAACAACCACCAAAACAUUAGGCAAGUUUUUUCUUGGUGACAAAUUAAUGUUUAGUCUUCAAUUAUCCUUACCACGUAAAACCUAUAAAUAAAUUCUGUAUCAACGUUUGGAGAACUUCCACGUUUUUUUUUUAAUUUCUGCUUGUAAUGAAAUAAUUAAAUAAAAUUUACCAAAUUAGCCUGAUUCAAAAAUUGUUUAACACGCUAAUUUGAGAUUUUUAUUACUUUUAACCAUCACAGAAUCACUUCAGUGCAAUUGCAAUUAUAAAGUUAAUGAACCAACAUCACAGUUCAAAACCAAAAUAAAUAGUGGUUUUCUAUAUGAUAUAUUUUCCAAAUAUAGAGUAUACAAUAUAUAAAAUAUAAAUAUAUAUGGAUUAUUGUAUUUGUAUAAUACAUACUUACUCCCCUCCUUAGAAAUGGGAUUAAUGACAAUGGCAAUCAAGAUCAAAACUUUCUAUCAGUUCUUACCAUGUCUCAAUUUCAUACAUUGGACAAAUUAAUCAUAGGAUGUAGUUGUCCACAAAGGCGUAGAGUUUGAGUUUUACUUAAAUCAGUUUUUAUUUUAUAUAAAAAAAAAGAACUAAAACUAGUGGACACUCGAGCUCGAGAUUUAGUUGGUCAAAAUCAUUACACUAAUGCAGUAAUCUCGUAAUUGAUGCAACUUGAGCGUGGAGCCACUCGUUUGAUCUUUUAGCAGAAAAGAGAAGGCCACUGGUUAAGCAUAGAUGAACGUAUGCCUUUGUUUUUAUGUGUGGUUCUCUUUUCUUAUCCAGCAAUUUGCCACAUUCCUUCAUUAUAUAUCCAGACAAAACCUUUAUUCACAUCAGGAGAAAAAGAAGAAGAAACAAUGUCUAAAACAGAAAACAAAAAGCAAGAAGAAGAAGAAGAAUCAUCAACUACAACCAAUACUAUGGCAUGGCCGGAUAUUGAAGAAGAACUCGUGAUACCUGAGCUUUUACAUAGCGAAGGCGUGAAGAAACUUCACAUGAGCAUUCAAAACGAGUGGGAUUACCUUCAGAAGUCUGCGUGCCAAACUGCUGCAGGAAGAGCUCUUUGGAAACAUGUCAUUCACGAUCCUCUCGCUCACUUGUUUGCUGGAGAGACACAUUUGAGAAACUUACACACAAAGAUUCAGCGAGACAGGCUCAACAAUGCUCGAGAGGUCUCUGGUGUGAUUCUAGCCGUUCGAACCCUUUGGUUUGAUACUAGGAUCCAAGCUGCUCUAGACUCUUUCGACAAUGAUGCAACACAAGUUGUUCUACUUGGUGCAGGAAUGGAUGCAAGAUCAUACAGACUAAACUGCUUGAACAAAAGUGAUGUAUUCGAAGUGGACUUCCCCGAUGUCUUGCAAACCAAAACGAGCCUGGUCCAAGCUGCAGUAAGUUCAAGAGAGGAGCUUAAGAUGACGGCCAAAUCAUUAAUCGACGUAGCAACUGAUAUCAGAGACAAGGACUGGUUUGAAAACCUUAAGAAAUCAGGUUUUGUGCCAGAGAUUAACACUGUAUGGGUUCUUGAAGGCAUUCUCUAUUACCUGUCUCACACAGAGGCAAUGCAAGUACUGAAUCUCAUAGCUGAGAAAUGUAAAGUAACCAGCACGGUUCUCUUGGCGGAUUUCAUGAACAAACCGUCUGCUUCUCUCCCCAACUCUGUGUUCCACUUUUACAGUGACUGGCCUGAUCAGCUCUUACCAUCCUUGGGGUUCUCUCAUGUCAAGCUUUCACAGAUUGGUGAUCCAGAUGCGAAUUUCGGUUUGCUGCACAAUCCACUCAAUCUCUUUAACAAACUUCUUCGCCUGCCAAGGACUGCACAGAUCCAUCCAGACGAUGGAACGCCGUGCUGCCGCUUGUAUUUGGUCGAGGCUUCUGGUUCACCUCCUCCAGAUAAAUCCAUAACGAACAAUGUGAGCUUGUAAGCUUACUUAUUCCACUGCAACGUUUUUGCAGAUCAAGUAUAUGAGUCUUUCACACCAUGGAAACUGUGUAGGAGAUUGUUGGCAAUUUGAAUGUAUAAAACAAUUGAUAUGAACAAAAUUAGUAUAUAUUAAACCGUAAACUCAAAAGUUCCAUUGUUUUUAUCUCCUUAGACAUUCAAACGACUUUAUAAGUGACAAUGAAAGCAUCAAGCGUUAUGUUCAAAUAAAACGAGUUGUAUCUCACUUUCCACAAAUUGUAACAAAACGUCGGUAUCACUAAACAUCCAUAACUAUUCCACACUGACUAUAAGAAGAGAAGAACAUACUUCAUCUCAGAUCUCAAGGCAGUCUUUUACAAGUUAAAACAUUACACUCAAAUUUGCGAGAAAAAAGAUUGCCUCCAUAAACUGCUUCUGCAAUCUUUUUUUCUGAUAACUAUAGUUCUAGUAAUUGAUUGUGUAAGACUCAAGUAAUAAGAAUAUCUCUCUUAUUAAUCUCUUAAAGAAACCCACUCAAAACCUUGAGCUCACCAAAACAAUUUCAAAACUCUUUAAGUGUUGCAACAACCUUCCAACUCUUAUAUAAUAAUUAGAUAACUCCUAAUCUUAUUAGUAGAACACUUAUUAGAUAUUUCCUAACCUUUUUAGUAAAACAUAUCUCAGUAGGAUUAUGAUAGUUUGUAUAUCAAGCUAUUUCAAGUUUAUUCCAACAAUUUCCUCCUUAAGCUUGAAAUCGGUUCUCAGCCAAGUCUUCAACGCCAAUCAACGAAGGUCAUGGAAGAACAUGACGACGAAGGUGGUGGUGCGACGUGUGAGGAUUGGAAGAUAAAGAAGAAGGCAACGAAGGUGGUGGUGGUGGUGCGGCUGCGUUUAGUUAGUAAUUAUGUUAAAGCUUGGUCUAGUUUUUGAUUUAUUAUUUAAUUAGAUUUUUUUAUAUUUUUGUAAUCCAAUUUAAUUAUAGAUCAAUUUAAUAAUAAAGAAAUUUUUAAUA